UUGGGAGUUGUGCAACACCUUGAGCAAACACUUCCUCCUGCAGGAGCAGGAAUAAAACUGAGCCCGUCCCAGCCUCUCGCUCACAGCCCGGCCAGGGAACGUCACAUUCCCACCCCACGGAGCCUGGGCCUCCCCAGCACAGCCCAGAGCAUGAAAAUCCUCCUCGUUCCUGCCCUUGUGCUGCAUUUCCUCCAACAAGGGAGCAGCAGAGGGAGGUUCCAUGGAGCUGAGGAAUAUGAAAUCGUUUACCCACAGAAGCUGCACGCCCUGCACAGGAGAGCUGCAGGAACAGGCUCGGAGAGCAAAUACGACGAGAGGGUGAAGUACGGGAUCAAAGCCAACGGAGAGGAGGUGGUGCUGCAGCUCCGGAAAAAUCGGGAUCUCCUGGCCAAGGAUUAUUCCGAAACUCUUUAUUCUCCUGAAGGACAGCGGAUAACAACAACUCCUGGCAUCAAGGAUCACUGUUACUACGGGGGCCACGUGGAGGGUGAUGCUGAGUCUGUGGCGAGCAUCAGCACCUGCACAGGGCUGAGUGGCUAUUUUGAGACCCGUGGCCAGAAGUUCCUCAUCGAGCCCCUGGGAGCCUCGGACAGGGCCGAGCACGUGGUUUAUAAAUACGAGGCCCUGAAACAGGAGCCCAUCAAAACCUGUGGGCUGCUCAACAACUCGUGGGAGCAGGACUCCAGUGACCCCACCGAGGACAUCUUCAAAUCCAGCAACAGCCCCGAGAUGAAAUCCUACCUGAAAGCAAAGAAGUACCUGGAGCUCUACAUCGUUGCAGACAACGCUUUGUACAAGAAAUACGAUGAAGAUGUUAAAAAGAUAAGACAAAGGAUAUUUGGGAUAGUCAACUACAUCAACACGGUUUACAAAGCCAUCCACACCCACGUGGCUCUGGUGGGCCUGGAGGUGUGGACGGAUGGGGACAAAUGUCCCCUGAGCAGGAGCGCCGGCUUCACCCUGGACACCUUCUCCAGGUGGCGCCGGGAGGAGCUGCUGAAGAGGAAACGCAACGACAAUGCCCAGCUCAUCACGGGCCUGGACUUCGAGGGGACCACGAUUGGCUUGGCCUUCCUCAAAUCCAUAUGCAGUGAUUCAUACUCUGCAGGUAUUAUUCAGGACCACAACAGGAACCAGAUUGCGGUGGCAGCCACGAUGGCCCACGAGAUGGGGCACAACCUGGGCAUGAGCCACGACACCGCGGCCUGCUCGUGCAGCGACAACGUCUGCAUCAUGACAGACACUGUCAGCUCCGUGAUUCCCAAGGAGUUCAGCUCCUGCAGCCUGCAGAGCUUUGAGAAGUACAUGCUGGCCGACAUGCCCAAGUGCCUGACCAACGUCCCGGAGCUGAGCAGCAUCAUUGCCCCUCCGUCCUGCGGAAACGGAUUCGUGGAGAAGGGAGAGGAAUGCGACUGUGGCACUCCUGAGGAGUGCACGAACGAGUGCUGUGACCCCGAGAGCUGCAAGCUGAGCUCGGGAGCUGCCUGUGCACACGGGGAAUGCUGUGAGAACUGCCAGUACAAGGAGCCGGGCUCGGUGUGCCGGGCGGUGAGGCACGACUGCGACCUGGCCGAGAUGUGCACGGGGCGCUCGCCCAGCUGCCCCGAGGAUCGCUUCAGGGUCAACGGGCACCCCUGCGCCUUCGGGGAGGGCUACUGCUACAUGGGCACCUGCCCCACCCGCGACAGCCAGUGCAAGGCCGCCUUCGGGCCCCAGGCCACGGAGGGCGCAGCCUCCUGCUACCGCAUGAACGAGAGGGGGACGUACUUUGGAUACUGCAGGAAGGAGCAGGGCACUCACCUCCCCUGCAAGAAAAAGGAUAAGAUGUGUGGAAAGCUGUACUGCUCUGGGGGCAGGGAGAUGCCUCGGGAGGGGAGCCUGCUCACCUUCAGCUCCUGCAAGGGCAGCUUCCCCCGGGGCGGGGAGCAGGACCCGGGGAUGAUCCUGGAUGGAACCAAGUGUGGCAACGGGAUGGUGUGCAGCCACGGGGAGUGUGUCCACGCUGAGGAGGUCUUCAGAUCCACCAACUGCUCUGCCAAGUGCUCUGGCCAUGCUGUGUGUGACCACGAGCUGAAGUGCCAGUGUGAGGAGGGCUGGGCUCCCCCGAACUGUGACAGCUCCUCAGCCCUCACCAGCAUCGCCGUGGCUGUGGGCGUGCUGGCUGUCCUGGCUGUCACCGCGGUGGCAGCCGUGCUGCUCACUCGCUUCCGAGGCUCCCACAAGAGCCGCCAGAACAGGAGGGGACCCGGAGCCACCAACCAGGUGUUUGUGGAUCAGGAGCAGAGCUGCAGAGAGCAGCCCGUGCAGAAGGUCACGGAUAAGAAAGUUCUUCCCGUGCCCCCACCUCAGGAGAACAAACCCCAGCGCCAGAGUCCUGCCCUGAGGCCCAAGGGGCCCCCACCUCCCGUUCCUGCUGCCAAACCCGGCUCUUCCCACCCGGAGGAGAAGUUUGCUCCAGAGAGGAAAGCUCCCCCUGUGGCCCUUGCCAAGGGCAGACCCCCGCCUCCCCCCCAGGCCUUGAAACCCCCGAUGAACCCCCGAGUCUGAGCUGGGAGAGACCCCAGGAGAGACCCAGAGCUGGGAGAGACACCUGGGGACACCUGGAGAGACACCUGGGGACACCUGGAGCUGGGAGAGACGUGGGACAGACACCCAGAGCUGGGUGGGACACCUGGGGGACACCUGGACAGACACCCAGAGCUGUGUGGGACACCUGGGGACACCUGGACAGACACCCAGAGCUGUGUGGGACACCCGAAGCUCCCAGGGACCGUUCAUCCCUCAAUUCCUCCGCUUUUCCCAAGGCCUCCCUCUCCUCCUCGAGGGCUGCCCGAGCGCUGCUGGGGAAGCUCCGGGCACUGAGGAGCUCUGGUGACAUCCAGCAGGGCAGGGCCACCGCCUGCACCGAGGUGUAAACCAGGAGUAACUCCCAAAAGCUGCUGAGCACCCCCAGCCCUGUGGGGUGAGGCUGCUCCUCCUCUGCCCCUCUGCGACCACAGGGGGAUUGCAAACUUGGUUUUGUUUUAGUUUUAUUUUUUUGGCUCCAUUUCUGGAUCUUUUCCAGCCCUCUCUGUCCUCAGCAAGACAAAAAUUUCUCCUUCAAGUGCAAGUCCUGGAGAAAAACAAACCCUUCCUGCCUUUGGGAGAGAAGUUGUGUCCUCGGGCUCUGAGCUGGACAUGGAAUAAAGAACAGGACACGCAGGAAUGGUUCUGGGAAGGUCCUUUGGGACUGGGUUCUCUCCACAAUCCUUAAAUUCCCUGUUGAGGGUGCCAUUCCCUGCAGAGAUGGAAUUUCAGUGCUCAGAGUGAGGAUCAGGAUGGACAUUACUGGAGAGCAGAGCUUCCCUCCUCUUUGGAUAAAUGCUGCUUUUUUUGUUUGUGUUUUUUUUGUUGUUGUUGUUUUGGUUUUUUUGUUUGUUGGUUGUUUUGUUUGUUUGUUUGUUUGAGCCAGGAACAGAUUGGAAUCCCCACCUGCGUUUGACUGGGGUGUAAAAACCCAGAAGUUUUUUUAUGAGCUGUCAUGAAUGCAUUUACAGAGGUUUCUGUAUUAAAGUUCUGUCUGUACAGGAA